UGGGCCGAGCGGGGCGGGGGCACCGGCCCGAGCGCAGCCCUCACUGUGGCAGCUGCGGGAGCUGCGGCCGUCUCGGGAGCCGGAGGACUAGGCAGCCGCGGAGCGCCGCGCUGGCCGCGCCCCGAAGCCCGGCCCUGGGGGUGGGGAUCCGCGCGGCGGAGCUGGAAACUUUCCCGGCAGGUCUCUUUUCAGCUUUCUGUGGUCAACUUGUUCAGAGGAACUUCCGAACUUCCUAAGAGACCCCGAGAGAGAGAGUUUUUUUUUUUUUUACUGCAAGCAAUUGGAUUCUGGGGUGAGGCCAGAAGCUAAAGAGUGUUGAAAAUGUUAAAGGCCGUGCUGAAGAAGAGCCGAGAGGGAGGAAAGGGAAGCAAGAAAGAAGCAGGUGACCUGGGUACAGAGACUCUCCCCGCGGCCCUGGCCCCCUGUGGUGACUUUUCCGUGAGCAGCCUUUCCACAGCAGAGGACACCUACAGGGUGAGCUUGGCCAAAGGGGUGUCGAUGUCUUUGCCUUCAUCUCCUCUGCUGCCUCGACAGUCUCACUCCAUGCAAUCAAGAUCAAACAAAAAAUCCCCAGGUCCCGUCAGGAAGCCCAAGUAUGUGGAAAGCCCCAGAGUGCCCGGGGAUGCAGUUAUAAUUCCGUUCAGAGAAGUGGCCAAGCCAGCAGAGCCCAGUGAGAAUGAAGGAAAGGCCGAUAAUGAACCGAGCUGUUCGCCGGCAGCUCAAGAACUGUUGACAAGGCUGGGAUUUUUACUGGGAGAAGGGAUCCCAAGUUCCACACACAUAACCAUUGAAGAAAAAAAUGAAACCAUGUGCACAACUCUGAGCCAAGGCAUCAGUCCUUGCUCCACACUAACAAGCAGCACCGCAUCUCCUAGCACCGAUAGUCCCUGCUCAACCUUGAAUAGCUGUGUCAGCAAGACGGCAGCCAACAAAAGUCCCUGUGAGACCAUUAGCAGCCCUAGUUCCACCCUGGAAAGCAAGGACAGUGGAAUUAUAGCCACAAUUACAAGUUCAUCCGAAAAUGAUGACCGGAGUGGCUCCAGUUUGGAAUGGAAUAAAGACGGAAGCCUAAGGCUCGGGGUCCAGAAGGGAGUGCUUCAUGAUCGCAGGGCGGAUAAUUGCUCCCCAGUGGCAGAAGAGGAGCCCUCGGGGCCUGCCGAGAGCACGCUGCCCAAAGCUGAAGGCUCUGCUGGAGAUGGUCCGGUCCCCUAUUCUCAGAGCUCCAGCUCGCUAAUCAUGCCACGGCCCAACUCCGUUGCAGCGACAAGCUCAACCAAAUUGGAAGACUUGAGCUAUUUAGAUGGACAGAGAAAUGCUCCUCUCCGAACGUCGAUCAGAUUGCCAUGGCACAACACAGCUGGAGCACGAUUUGCUCCCUACAAGCCACAAGACAUUUUAUUGAAACCCUUAUUGUUUGAAGUACCAAGCAUAACAACAGACUCCGUGUUUGUGGGAAGGGAUUGGCUCUUUCAUCAGAUAGAAGAAAGCUUGAGGAACACAGCGCUGACGGAAAACAGAGGAGCAGUGGUCGUUGGAAACGUGGGCUUUGGGAAGACAGCCAUUGUUUCUAAGUUGGUGGCACUCAGCUGCCACGGGAGCCGCAUGAGGCAGAUUGCUUCCAACAGCCCCAGCUCAUCACCUAAAACUUCAGAUUCCUCCCAGGAUCUCCCAUUGCUUUCCCCAAAUUCUGGCACCAACACUGCUAAGACGCCCCCUGGGUUUGGAACUGAUAUUCCUGAAAACCAGAGAUCAAGAGAGGAUGCAGCCAAACAUCUUGCUUCUAAGGUUGUGGCCUACCACUACUGCCAGGCCGAUAACACCUACACGUGCCUGGUGCCCGAGUUCGUGCACAGCAUCGCGGCGCUCCUCUGUCGCUCUCACCAGCUGGCCGCCUACCGAGACCUGCUGAUCAAGGAGCCACAGUUGCAGAGCAUGCUAAGCCUCAGGUCCUGCGUGCAGGAUCCGGUUGCCGCCUUCAAGAGGGGAGUGCUGGAGCCUCUCACAAACCUGAGAACCGAGCAGAAAAUUCCUGAAGAAGACUAUAUUAUUCUGAUAGAUGGCUUAAAUGAAGCUGAGUUUCACAAACCUGAUUAUGGAGAUACGCUUUCUUCGUUUAUUACCAAAAUUAUCUCUAAAUUUCCCGCCUGGUUAAAGUUGAUUGUGACUGUAAGAGCAAAUUUUCAGGAAAUUGUCAGCCCGCUGCCCUUUGUCAAGUUCUCCUUAGAUGACUUUCCCGACAACAAGGACAUCCACAGCGACCUGCAGGCCUACGUGCAGCACAGGGUGCGCAGCAGCCAGGACAUCCUCAGCAACAUCUCCCUGAACGGCAAGGCCGAUGCCGCCCUCAUCGCCAAAGUCAGCAGCCACCUGGUGCUGCGCAGCCUGGGCUCCUUCCUGUACCUCAAGCUCACCCUGGACCUCUUCCAGAAGGGCCACUUGGUCAUCAAGAGUGCCAGCUAUAAGGUGGUGCCCGUGUCCCUGUCCGAGCUCUACCUGCUGCAAUGCAACCUGAAGUUCAUGACGCAGUCGGCCUUCGAGAGGGCACUUCCCAUUCUCAAUGUGGCCCUGGCCUCCCUCCACCCCAUGACGGAUGAGCAGAUCUUCCAGGCCAUCAACGCGGGCCACAUACAAGGGGAGCAGGGAUGGGAUGACUUUCAGCAGAGGAUGGAGGCCCUCUCUUGCUUCCUCAUUAAGAGGCGAGACAAAACCCGCAUGUUCUGCCACCCGUCCUUCAGGGAGUGGCUUGUGUGGAGAGCAGAUGGCGAAAACACGGCCUUCCUGUGCGAGCCCAGGAAUGGGCACGCUCUGCUGGCAUUCAUGUUCUCCCGACAGGAGGGCAAGCUCAACCGCCAGCAGACCAUGGAGCUUGGCCACCACAUCCUAAAGGCCCAUAUUUUCAAGGGCCUGAGUAAGAAGACGGGGAUCUCUUCAAGCCAUCUCCAAGCCCUGUGGAUUGGGUACAGCACCGAAGGGCUGUCUGCUGCCCUCGCCUCUCUCAGGAAUCUCUACACCCCCAACGUGAAAGUGAGCCGUCUCCUCAUCUUGGGAGGUGCCAAUGUGAACUACAGGACAGAAGUGUUAAACAAUGCCCCUAUCCUGUGUGUCCAGUCCCACCUUGGCCACGAGGAAGUCAUCACUCUGCUCCUGGAAUUUGGUGCCUGCCUGGAUGGAAUGUCAGAGAAUGGCAUGACUGCCCUGUGCUAUGCGGCAGCUGCCGGCCACAUGAAGCUGGUGUGUCUCUUGGCCAAGAAGGGGGCCAAGGUAGACCACUUGGAUAAGAAAGGCCAGUGUGCACUGGUGCACAGUGCCCUGAGAGGCCAUGGUGACAUUCUCCGUUACCUGCUGGCCUGCGACUGGUCCACAGGCCCUCCCCAGCCAGGCACAUCUCGGAAGAGCCAAGCCCUGCAGCAGGCCCUGACAGCAGCUGCCAGCAUGGGCCACAGCUCGGUGGUCCAGUGUUUGCUGGGACUGGAAAAAGAACAUGAAAUAGAUGUCAAUGGCACCGACACGCUGUGGGGAGAGACAGCCCUGACCGCGGCUGCAGGACGAGGGAAGCUGGCAGUGUGCGAGCUGCUGCUGGAGCAGGGAGCCUCUGUGUCCCGGACCAACCGCAGAGGGGUCCCACCUCUGUUCUGUGCAGCGCGCCAGGGCCAUUGGCAGAUUGUCCAGUUGCUGUUGGAGCGUGGCUGUGAUGUGAAUCUCAGUGACAAGCAGGGCCGGACGCCCCUCAUGGUGGCUGCUUGUGAAGGCCACUUGAGCACCGUGAAAUUUCUCCUUUCAAAAGGUGCCGGCCUUUCUUCCCUGGACAAAGAGGGUCUGUCAGCAUUGAGCUGGGCUUGCCUGAAGGGUCACCGAACAGUGGUCCAAUUUCUAGUUGAGGAAGGUGCAGAAAUAGACCAGACGGACAAGAAUGGCCGCACUCCCCUGGACCUGGCAGCCUUCUACGGUGAUGCGGAGACGGUGCUGUACCUGGUGGAGAAGGGAGCUGUGAUCGAGCACGUGGACCACAGCGGGAUGCGUCCCUUGGACAGAGCCAUCGGCUGUCGGAACACAUCUGUCGUGGUGACACUGCUGAGGAAAGGAGCUAAAUUAGGAAAUGCUGCUUGGGCGAUGGCCACCUCCAAGCCUGAUAUUUUGAUUAUACUUUUACAGAAGCUGAUGGAGGAAGGAAAUGUAAUGUACAAAAAAGGAAAGAUGAAGGAGGCUGCGCAGAGGUACCAGUACGCCCUAAGGAAGUUCCCUCGAGAAGGACUCGGAGAGGACAUGAGGCCAUUUAAUGAACUCAGAGUUUCCCUCUAUCUCAAUCUGUCUCGCUGCAGAAGGAAAACAAACGACUUCGGCUUAGCAGAAGAAUUUGCUUCCAAGGCCCUCGAAUUGAAACCGAAGUCCUACGAAGCCUUUUAUGCUAGGGCAAGAGCGAAGAGAAACAGCAGGCAGUUUGUGGCAGCUCUGGCUGACCUGAGGGAAGCUGUGAAAAUCUGUCCCAGCAAUCAAGAAAUCAAGAGACUCCUGGCCCGUGUGGAGGAGGAGUGCAAGCAGCUCCAGAGGAACCAGCAGCAGAAGCAGCAGAGCCUGCCACCGCCUCCAGUGCCCCCCAACGAUUCAGACAAUGAAGAAGAGGCCAUGACCCCUGAGUUAAAUGACCACUUUGAUCUUGAGGAGGCUGAAGAAGAGGAGGAGGAGGAAGAGGAGGAGGAAGAGGAAGAAGAAGAGGAAGAAGAAGCAGCAGCAGAAGUAAAUUCUCCGAGGGAAGAGUCCAUUUCUCUGGCUCCCAGGUCCCAGCCAUCCUCAUCGGUUCCCUCCCCAUAUAUCCGAAACAUUCAAGAAGGGUUGCAGUCCAAAAUACGGCCAGUGUCCCCACAGAACAGGCCCGGAAGCAAGGCCCCGCGGGAGCCUGUGGCACAGCCAGGUCUGGUUAUGCAGCCCAGCAAGCAGGCGCAGAUCGUGAAGACCAGUCAGCAUCUGGGCUCCCCUGGCAUGCGAAACGGGAGCAUUAAGAUGCAGGCCUCGGCUCAGCAUCCUCCCCCGAGUCCCAUGCCAGCUAGGGUCGCUGCGGCUCCUGCCGGGAGCAGAACCCCACUGUUGGACGGAACCGGGCCUUUCACCCUCGGGGCCGCGGCAGGCCAUUUUGUGGACCGGCUGGGGCCCAGUCCGAGCAUCCAGCCACAUCACAGCGAGAGUGGCGCUGCCUACCCUCUACCGAGCAAGAUCAAAACUGCAGAGCGACUCCUGGCUCAGGCUGGGGUGGCUGUGGAUGUGGCGCCCCUGGCUCAGGGCGGACUGGUGGGCUGCAGUGACAUGCGACACGCAGCAUCCCUCGCCAGCUCAGGCUCCUCGGGUUCCCCGUCUGGCAGCAUCAAGAUGUCAAGUUCAACCAGCAGUUUGACUUCAAGCAGCAGUUUUUCGGAUAGCUUCAAGGCCCAAGGACCAGAAGCACGAAUCAAAGACAAACUUGUGAGCCAGGUCACGGGCAGUGCCACGGAGCAUAGACCACGCAACACCCCGUUCAUGGGCAUCAUGGAUAAGACCGCACGGUUCCAGCAGCAGGGCAACCCCUCCACACGCACCUGGCACUGUCAGGCGCCCGAGGGGCUCCUGGCUAGCACGUCCACUGCAGCUGGCCUGCAGUCGGCGAACUCGGAGAAACCUGCCCUCAAACCAGUGGGUGGGUAUCAUUACCCAGCCAAAACCUGCUCUGCUGCUACCCUGGGUGGGAGUGUCCACAAUGGGGCCCCGAAGAAGGAGCUGGAAGAAAAGUGCCAAAUCCCCAUCCACUGUCCGGAGAGCAGGAUAGGGAAGACUGUUUCUCAUCUGUAUCAGGAAAGCAUCUCCAAACAGCAGCCUCACAUCGGCAGCGAAGCACACAGAAGUCACCUCCCGUCAGCAAAACCAAAGCGCUCAUUCAUAGAGUCAAAUGUGUGAGCCUUAAAAAAAGACCUGUUUGUAGAAUUUGAAAAACUUUGUAUUGGCUCCUGGUGGUAAUUAAGUGCUUUCUCACGAGCAAAAAUUUCUUUUUAGCCAUAUGCAUUUUUUUCCUUAGGGGUGGAUUGGAGGCUAUUUGUACAUGGAAAAUAUGACAUAAGACAUCUGUAAGAAAUAGCUAAAAGUCGCCAUAAAUAAGAAUGCUAAUACAGAUCAAAACUACAAUUAGUUAUGUCAAGCUAAAACUGUGAGACAGCCAAGAAGACAUCAAUGCUUUUCUCUUAUGAAAUUGUUGGGUUUUUAUCACUUUUCCUCUAGCCUUUGCUCUGUGGUAAAAUCAUAAUAUUUCUUAGAGAAUAUAAAUGUCGAGAUAGAUUUAAUAACUCAAGAUAUCAUACUAGAUCAUUUCUCCUGGGGAAAGAAGAGAUCGUCUUUUUAAGUUACCACGCAAUUGAGUCUAAUUCCAACUUAUAUAAAUAUUUAAAAUUAAGACCUCUUAAAUUAUGUGUGACUAUAAAUGUUAUAUAGCUGAUUUUCCCUUUCUGUUUUCUAAAGCAAAACACAAAAACAUCAAAUUUUGUUCCCUUCAUGGCAGUUUCCUGAAGAAAGUAAAUGCUCUUUGUGUUUGGUUCCUAUUCAGAAUAUUUUAUAAUACCUUAUUUGGAAUUAUAUUCUUCAUGGUAUUCUUAAUGUGUGGAAGUAGCAGAAACCAUUUGGAAUCAUGAUUGAUGGUCAAAUUGGAUUUGGGCUAAAAUACUCAGACCACUGUUCUUGGUGACAAGUAAAUUGGCUCUCAGCUGGUUUUAAAACUGCUUUUAAUGAUAGCUCUCCUGGAACAAACCUUCCAAGGCCCUCUAAGGACAGUAUUUAAUUUGGAUACUUAAAGUGUGGUUAGUUGUUACUUUUGUUUUAUUAUACACACAUUAUAGUCACAUGUUGUACAUAUUAAAUAGGUUGUAGUAAGACUUGUAAAUAUAACUAUUUCAAGUAAUCUUUUUAAAAAAAGUCAUUUACUUGCAUGUUCUUUAUAAGCUUCAUCCAUGCUGGUUAUUGCACUGAAUUAUAUAUUAUGGCAUGUUAAUAACAGUAUACCAGUAACAGCACUUUAUCUCCGUAUGAACACCUUUGGGGUGCUACUUAAAUCCAAGAUGAUGUGUUUUUCAUUUGUAAAGGUGAGGUACAGGAAUGAACGUUGAUCUAAAGGUAUUUUUAUAAUGGAGAUGGUAUGUCCUGGGAGGAUGUUAAAGUGUUUGAGAGGUGGGAGUAUGUUUGUUUUAUAUGUUGGGAUGUGAAAUUUAUUUUCUACAAUUGGGGAGAAGGAAGUUCUAUAUUUACAGAUUGUUUUAAAAAUGAAUAGUUGUACUGAAGUUCCUGUGAGCAUCAUUAUGGUUUUGUAUGAGUAAGAAUUUUCCAGUAUCAUGCUUCAACAUUUGCUCCUGAAUGUGUACAGAAUACUUUGUACAGCUUCAUCAUUUUUAUAAGCUUUUCAUGAGUUCUGCUAUAACUUCUAUGGCUUAUUUAUUGUUUAUUGUUUUCUUUAACAAUUGUGAAAGUCUUAUUCUUUUGUUAUGUAGUUUUGUUUCUGCACAACUACUGUACUUUUCCAUAUGGAAUAAAGACAAUUAAUAGAA